AAGUUGAGAUUUAGGAUAAAUUGGAGGUGAAAUGACGAAAAUACCCUCUUUUAUUUUCCUUCCUCUUUUCUUCUUUUUCCUUUUCUUCAACCCGAAGACAGAAGGCCGUUCAAAAGAAAAACGUAAACUCGCAUUUGAACUCUCCCGCGUCUGCAGUUACCCUCUUCAACUCUCUCCCGCCUCCGGUGAACGUUUUUCUCUUCCGUCCAUUUCUUCUCCACUUCCAUCCAUUUCUUCUUCACGACUCUCCGCUAUAUUUUCCGAUUUCAACUUGUUCACCGAACGUCUCCAUUUCUUCUGCACGGGUCUCCAUUUCGACUUCAUCUCCGGCGGACGCUUCUCCACUUCCAUCCAUUUCGAUUUCAGGUUUGUUUUCACCGGACCUCUCCAUUUCUUAUCCACUCCUCUACAUUGGCAGUGCCGUAUCCAUCAUCUUUGAAGUCAAGUCUCAGUAUGGCUUCGACAUCAACUAACGGUCCCAUGUACAAGAUUGACCCUGCUCAUCAUUUUCAGUCUAUAGUAAGUAGUUUAGCACAUUUAGAAAACAGUACACGUACAAUAAAGGCUAAAUUGAAACCGGAUCAAUUAACCUUAUUUAGAAAUACAAAGUUCGGCCACUUUUUGGAUCUGAAUAUAAUCUUUAAUGGGCCGCUCAUCCACUACUUAUUGUUAAGAGAGGUGGAAGAUGAAAGGGUUGAUCACAUAAGUUUCAAGAUAGGAGAAGUCGUGUGCAGUUUUGGAAGGAGAGAAUUUAAUAUGAUGACGGGUCUAUGGAGUUCUCAACCAGAGCCUAUUGAUUUGGUUGGGAAUAGUAGGUUGUUGGAGAAGUUCUUCGAACAAAAAAAGUGUAUUUAUAUAAGUGACUUAGAGGACACAUUUGUGGAAUACGAGGGGGAUGACGAUGACGAUGACAUAGUUAAAUUAGCUCUAGUUUACUUUAUAGAGAUGUCAUUGUUAGGAAAAGAUAGGCGGACGAAAGUGGACCGAACUUUAUUUAGGAUUGCAGAUGAUUGGACCACAUUUAACAAUUACGAUUGGGGAGGGUUGGUUUUUGGACGUACACUUUCUGCCUUAAAACGAGCCUUGGACAUGCAACAUGCCAAGGGAAAGAAUAAAUCAACUAAGACAAAAUAUACUGUCAUGGGAUUUCCGCAGGCGUUACAGGUUUGGGCAUAUGAGUCUAUACCAACCAUCACUGAAUGUGGUGUACAUAAAGUAAGCAACGAUGCAAUACCACGAAUGCUGAGGUGGGUGUGCGAACUAUCGCCGAAGUCUCAUGUCCUACAGAGGCAGGUGUUUGACUCACCAAUGUUCUUAAUUAACGUGGUAAUUGAGAUGAUGCCUGAAGAGGAGGAGCAUCUAAGAAUGUCUUCAGGGUAUGUUCUAGAUGCAUUGUAA